AUGCCUGUCCAAAAGAAAGACUACCUCUGCAUUGAGUUUACCAACACUCGUGCCGAUGAGCCUGAAAAGACCAACUUUUUGUACGUCUCAGUGGAAUUGCUGGACAACUUCAAGUCAUCAAAGAUCGAGAGGACCGACGCAGGCUUCAAGCUCACCGUCGACAAUGAUUACAUGUAUGGCCAGCAGAAGGGGAACAAAUACCGUUUCCUUGUGUACCACGACAAGUCGCGCUCAAUUUUCCAGCACCGCUUUGUUGAGGGCACCCUAGCCGCCAUUUCCAGACAGGCUACCGAAAUCACCACGAAGCUGGGUUAUGGUGAUGCAAAGGCACUCUCAUCAUCAUGGAACGAUCACAAGCUACGAGUGCCAAUCUCAUGGACACGCACAACAGGCUCAUCGCUGAUAUCCUCACUCACUAUCGCACGCUCAUGAUGCUCGCAACCAUCCAGGCUGAGGGUGAGCGCAGCAACAGUAACCCCGAAACAAUCUCCGUAGCGGGUAUUUCGAUGGAGAUGGCCUUUGACGGUUUGUACUCCUCCAUCAAAGAGCUUCUUGCACUAUCCCGCAGAAUCAAGGAGCUCUGGGUCUUUGGGCCUCUCAACCAGGGCGAUACUCAAUCCCAGGCAAAGGAAGACCGGAUUGAUCGCGAUGUUUCCGAGGUGGCAGGUCUUCUCGACAUGAUUGACGCGAAUGCUAUGAAGAAGCUCGCUGAGCGCUGCGGCGGGACGUGGGAGCUGCAAGAAAGGCCGACAGAGGCGGCACCGACAACCGGAAGCUAGAGCACGACGGCGGUGUUGGAAGAGGCGGCGAGAAGUUUGAUGGCAGGUGGCUCUGAAAACAGGAAGAUGUCGGCAGCGAGUGGAGCAUCGACGGCGGAUUCGAUGACAAUCAGGGCAGAUAGCCUGUUCGGAGAAGACAGGCGGCUGUCUCAGGUGGAAAGCGACCUCGAGGACAAUGCUGGCACUGCGACUGGUGGCAGUUGGUGAUAAGCCUUAAACACCCUCGAGGCAUACAAGGCGAUUGGGCUCACUGGACGAUAAGAAUGGAAGACAUGGGACGGGACGGUUCAUUAGGGCGUUAUUAGGGCGUUGAGGGGCUGGAUUUGGAAAAGAGGUCAUAGUGAGACAUCCGGAGUCCUCAUAUUCUCACCUUUCAUGAUACCUAGGCAGGUAGAUGUUGGUCAACCGGGUUACUUUUUCAAACAUGGAUGCCACGUGCUUGGUUUCCGAG